UUAAUCGCAAGCUCUCCUACUUUCGAGAAACUUUAGAAUAUAAGUAAAUACGCGGGAAAACAAGUUCCAUUAGCGGUUCACUUGCGAUCGACGACAGUUCAGUUCGAGUGUGAAAUAUAAGUGAAGUGCAAAAGGUAAUCAUGGAGAUCGAGAGUGCGAACUGCAAGUACAGGGUGUCCGAGUGCUCGGACAUCGAGCAGCUAUCUAUAGAAGCGCCCAUCAAAAUGGACAGGGAAAUUACCGGUUUGGAAAAAUUAGUCGAAGAAAUACACAAGGUAUUCUCGAAGAGCCACGUGAAUAUACAGGAGGUUCAGAAACUGAUGGCGUGUUACAAGUCUGACCCUAAGGACUGGAAGAAAUACGCAAAGUUUGAUCGUUUUCGGUACACACGAAACUUAGUUGAUGCUGGUAAUGGGGCAUUUAACAUAAUGAUACUGUGUUGGGGGCCGGGCCACGCCUCCGCCAUACAUGACCACGCGGACUCACACUGUUUCAUGAAGUUAUUGAGUGGCAGCUUAGAAGAAGUAAGAUACGAUUGGCCUGAAAACGUGGAACCAGAAGUCGUAAAGAAACUAAAGAAAAAGCCAACUAGACGGUGUUGCUCAGAGAGUGAAGAACUAGAAAAUAAGAUGAACAACGUAGAAAUAAGUGAACAUCAGUGCGAGGAGGCUGGUGAAUAUGAAGCGGGGAAUAUGAAUGAAAUCGGCAGAACGCGGUUAGAAGUUGAUGAUGUGUGUUACAUCAAUGAUGCUCUUGGACUCCAUCGAAUGGAAAAUCCCUCGUACGUGGACGGAGCAGUGUCUCUACAUUUGUACUGCCCGCCGUUCGACAGCUGUAGGGUCUUUGACUCUACCACCGGCAAAGCAUCGGAGGUCAAAGUGACCUUCUGGUCAAUGUACGGAAAGAAAAUUAAAAGAGUGUUCGAAUCCAGUCCAGUAGAAAGUAAAUAAGCGUAAAGAUUGUAAAAAAACAGUGUAGAUAAUUAUAUGGACCAGGAAAAGAAGAAAAUCAAUAGUUACGUGCUUAAAAGCUUUAAAGUAGGAAAUUUUACUUCCUGAAACAACAAUAAUUAAAUUAUGUGAAAUAAUAAGUUAGGACUUAAGUUUAUUUAGUUGUAAGAACUAGUUAGGGCUAAAAAGAAUUUAUAAAUUUAUUUUACAUACUUACUCA